AUGCGGCAGCAGUUAAUUGCCAUAAACAAGACAAUUGUGACAAAGAUCAUCCUGCAGGGGUUCUCAGAGUACCCAGAACUGCAGCUGCCCCUGCUCAACUGCUUAUUCUUCCUCUAUGCAAUGGCCCUCAUGGGAAACACUCUGAUCAUCACCAUCAUCACCUGCAGCUCUGGCCUCCACAGCCCCAUGUACUUUUUCCUGUUGAACCUGGCCACCAUGGACAUCAUCUGCACUUCCUCUGCACUGCCCAAGAUGCUGGCAGGCUUGUCCUGGGAGAGAAACACCAUCUCUUUCCAGGGGUGCAUGGCACAGCUCUUCUUUCUUGCCUGGUCUCAAUCUUCUGAGCUGCUGCUGCUCACAGUCAUGGUCUAUGACUGUUAUGUGGCCAUCUGCCAGCCACUGAAUUAUGGGACCCUGAUGAGCUUGCAGCUCUGCCUGGCACUGGCAAUGGGAGUCUGGGCCAUCUGUGCCUUGAAUUUCUCAAUCAACACUGGUUUGAUGGCACAGUUGAUCUUCCAUGGCCCCAAUGUCAUCACCUAUGAGAUUCCCCCACUUCUUCUGCUCUUGUGCAGUCCCACCCAUGUGAACAGCAUCAUGACCAUCUUGUCUGAUCCCUUCUAUGGAGGCAUCAACUUCCUGCUCACCCUUGUGUCCUAUGGCUACAUUGUUGCCAGCAUCCUAUUCCUUGGCUCAGCUGAGGGGAAGCAGAAGUCCUUCUCUAACUGCUCCUUCCACCUCAUCAUGUUCUCUGUCUACUAUUCAGCUGUGUUUUCUGCCUACAUCAGCCCAGCCUCCAGCUACAGCCCUGAGAGAAACAAACUGGCAGGAGUGCUGUACACAGUUUUGAGACCUACCCUAAACCCACUCAUAUACACACUGAGGAACAAGGAGUUCAAGGCAGCCUUGAGUAAACUCCUUACAUUUUGUAGAUUUUAA